AUGGCUUUCCGAAUAGACCUGUGUGGUUGUAGCGUUUUACCCGCCAUUUUCAUCAGCCACCUUGCCACUUCCAUGUUCUUCGCAGCAGUUCCAGACUUCCUCAUGGAGAAGAGUUGCUCAUGGAUAAGUCCAUCCGAGAAGACGGAGAUCGAUUCGAUAUGUAACAGCACCAAUCUUGUAAUAAAAGCGACACAAAUGGCCUCAGGAAGAAACAUAGUGCGAUCCUUACUACCAUCUUUUUGCGUUCCUCUGUUCGCCCGCUGGCGCGACCACACUGGGAACAGUAAACCCUUGGUCGUCGCUGGGAUGGUAGCCGAGACCUUUGGAGCCGUCACCUAUCUGAUUUCCUCCAUGGUAUGGUCUCUGUCACCCGAGGUCACAGGUUGCUUGGAGUCUGUAGUCGGUGGGCUGUUCGGCGAGACCAUCUGCCUUCUCGGAGUCAGUUGCAUCAUAAUCGACAACUCUACACCUGAGAACCGAACAAUGAGAUUGCAGACGAUGCUUUCCAUUUUAUUUGUGGCCAAUUGCCUUGCGUCGGUGAUUUACGGAUUCAUUCUGAGUACGACCGGGUAUGUUCCUUUUUACUGUGUCGUCAUUGGGCUACAUAUCGUGGGAAUCACACUCGCUGUCUUCAUGGUCGAGGAUAAGAAAAAAAAACCCACAAAAUUCAAAAAGAAUAGCCUCUGGCAAAAUAUAAAGGUUGUUUUCCGAUCUCGCCGUAACAGAGCUGUGUUGUGGUUUAUGAUGGUUUCCUCAGCAUUGGUUGAAUCAUAUACAUCAGCUGAAAACAGCAUCAUAGUGUAUUAUCUUCAACAAACAUUUAAAGUCACAAUAAUUGAAGAAGGACUCAUCGAUGCUUACUAUGCUUUCAUCCUAGCUCUAGGUUCUCUGAUAUUUCCAUAUAUUUUCACCCGAAUAUUUAAAUGGACGGAUUACAAAAUUGGUAUCGUAAGUGCCUUUUUCACAACAAUAUUCGAAUCCGCAAGAGUGUUCGUACAAACGAGAGUAGAGUUGUACUUGGUGGUUUACCUCGGCCUACUGAAGUGUGUUUUGCUUUCGAUACCUCAAUCUAUUAUAAGCAAGAGUGUUAAAGAUCAUGAACUAGGACAAUUUCUCGGAAUGGCUUCAAUCAUACAAAGCAUCAUAACGGGUUUCAUACAUAAAACGUACGCAGAUACUUUUAAUUUGACGUAUCAGUUAUAUCCAGGAACUUUUUUCGGAAUUAGUUCAUUUGCGAAUCUUGUUAUUUUUAUUCUUCUGAGUAUCAGCUCUUUUCUUGCGCGUCCUCCGGAUAUUGAUGACGACACCGAUUUAAAAGACGUUGAGGGUAGUCCUUCAAGUGCGAAAAGGAUAAACGUAUGGGUUAUACACAAGAACCAUACAUAA